CUAAGCCAACGGCUCUAAACGUGUAUGGAGCAACUCCCAUACGCUGAAGAUGACCCGGCUACAAAUUCCCGAUACUACCCGGGGAAGCGGCACCCGACACCCCGCCUACCGCGGUGUCCGAAAACGGAGGUGGGGAAAAUGGGUGUCUGAAAUUAGAGAGCCACGCAAGAAAUCACGCAUUUGGCUAGGCUCAUUUCCUGUGCCAGAAAUGGCAGCCAAGGCAUAUGAUGUGGCAGCGUAUUGUCUUAAAGGUCGCAAAGCGCAGCUCAAUUUUCCAGAAGAAGCCGAUGACUUGCCUAUACCGUCCACGUGUACGGCCAGGGAUAUUCAAGCAGCAGCAGCAAAGGCUGCACAUUCGGUACUGAUUCCAAUGAAAAAGAGCAGCGAAACAAACAAUGAUGGUGGCGGUGACGGUGAAGUUGCUGGUGAUGAUUUCUGGGGCGAGAUUGAAUUGCCGGAAUUGCUGCUGAGUAAUAGCGGGUACAGUUGGGAUUCUUGUGGAUGGAAUACUACUCUUGCAAGUGAUAAUUCAACGUGGCAGCCGGAUGGAGAGGGUCUACAGCCAUCCAUGGCAUGUCUUUAAUGUGCCUACAUUAAUUCCAGCUUAUUUUCCUCAAAUCGAGAUCGUUUUGGCAUCAUACAUGUGCUGAAUGAGGUUUAUGCAGAGGCGGCUGCACUUUUUGCCCCUCCUAAUGAAGAUGCUCAUGGUGGAUGUAGAUGCUACACUAGCUAUCAUAUAUAUCAACCUCAAAGCCAAUUUACUUGAGUUUCUUAACGUGCAGUCAUCGUAUUCUCGGGGCAAUAUUUCUUCUGGUUCAAAUUCUUAGAGCAAUUUAGUGCAUUGAAACAAGCCCUUCUCAGAGCCGAAAUAUUCAUGGAAAUCACUGUUUCAUACGUGGUUUUUUCCAGAUUUAAAACUUGAAAUAAAUGGUAGAGUUCAAUUUUAAUGAAGCUUCAAGCUUGUAUU